UCUCACUCUGUGUGACAAACCAACCUAAGGCCAAACUGCUACCUCCACUCACAGACCAGCCAAAAUGCCUGCAGACUAUAAUGGACGUUGGGAGAUGGUGAGCAACGAUAAAUUCGAGGAUGUGAUGAAGGCCAUCGACAUCGACUUCGCCACCAGAAAGAUCGCUUGCCACCUGCAUCAGACAAAAGUGAUCGUCCAGAAUGGGGACAAGUUUGAAACUAAGACCCUGAGCACCUUUAGGAACUAUGAGGUCAACUUCACCGUGGGAGAGGAGUUUGAGGAGACGACAAAGGGUCUGGACAACAGGAAGGUCCAGUCACUGGUUACCUGGGAUGGGGACAAGCUGGUGUGCGUUCAGAAGGGGGAGAAGGAAAAUCGUGGAUGGACGCAUUGGAUCGAAGGAGACAUGCUGCAUCUGGAAAUCACCGUGCUCGACAAAGUCUGCCACCAAGUGUUUAAGAAGUCACAAUAAGAUGGGAACAAAGUGAACUGUGUGUCGUGUGUUGCAUGUUGCUGUCUAUUUAUAAUGUGAAGACCUGAAAUAAACUCAUUCAAUACAG